AUGUGCCACUUUGAGGUCUCCUCACACUCCUGCGGUUUUCCAUUUUGUCAUAGGUUGCUGGCAGAUUACAGGCCUUCCAUAGGUGCCGCCAGGCCCCAUAUCGGCCAUGGGCCCCCGUACCGCCUGGUCACGCUGCUGCUGGGCCCACAGUGUGACCUGGGUCCCUGUACGGCCUCCCAUUGCUUCCACUCUGCCAUGUGCCACUUUGAGGUCUCCUCACACUCCUGCGGUUUUCCAUUUUGUCAUAGGUUGCUGGCAGAUUAGCAGGCCUCCCAUAGGUGCCGCCAGGCCCCAUAUCGGCCAUGGGCCCCCGUACCGCCUCGGUCACGCUGCUGCUGAGCCCACAGUGUGACCUGGGUCCCUGUACGGCCUCCCAUUGCUUCCACUCUGCCAUGUGCCACUUUGAGGUCUCCUUACACUCCUGC